GUUCACUUGUUUGUUCUGUACUGAGCAGUUCCGUAAAGAUUAUAAACUGAAACUUCAUCUCAUGAUGAAACAUAAAGAUCAACCAGCUCAUCUCAUGGAACAAGCUAAAGAAGAGCUAAUCAAGGCUAAGCUUGAUGGCUGCGUGCAUAAAUGUGGAUUAUGCAACAAUAAAUACAAUAGUAUUGCGAACUUUACGCGGCAUAUCAAGGACGUACACAAUAUAUCCAGAAUUCAGUACAAGAGUGAGUAUGGAAGCAGUGAGAUUGUAUCUAGAACCUUCACAUGUGAGCUUUGUCAGAAGGAGGUCAAACAUACAAGAAAUAUUAUCGGUGCGCACAUGAAAAUGGUUCAUUUGAUCUCAUGGAAGGAAUACCAGGAUAUUAUCUUCAAGCUGAAGAAGGGAGGAGAGAUGAUGGAUCUACCCAACCCUGAGUUGUUCGACUGCUCGAUCUGUGGAGUAUCCGUCAAGUACAAGAAGGAGCAUCUCAACAAGAAACAUCAGAUUGAUGAAGAGGUUUAUGAAGAACUUAUUGAGAAGAAGAACAGGGGCGAGGAUAUCUCUGAAGAUCUUCCAGAUCGUGAAGUAUUCACUUGCUUGAUCUGUGAAAGAGAAUGUAUGGAUCUUAAACGCCAUCUUCAGGUGUGUCACAAGCUAUCAGAAGAACAGUAUCGUUCAGAGUUUCUCAACGGUUCUUCUCCUGUAGCAAAAGUUAUACGACAGGAAUCAAUUAAACCGAUGUCAACAGAUUUGCUCCGACUGGUUUCAUCUGAGUUGAACAUGAACCUAAACCAGGCGGAGAAGAAACCUGAGUUCAAAUCUUCUCCUCCUCCUCCGCUAAAACGGUUGUCUCGAGUAAAGCAUGAAGCAGAACCGUUAUCUACGGAUCUCCAGUGCUAUUUCAACUGUCAGGAAGUUUUCAAGAAGGAUUACCAGCUCUUCCUUCAUCUUAAACUUAAACACAGACUAGAAGAUCCCGAUGAGCUGAAGAAAGCAUAUGCUGCUGCUAAUGAAGAGAUUGCUCUGACCAGACGAUCUGCUUCUCUCUUCAACUGUGCACUGUGUCCCAGGGAGUUUAACGAUAACGGAGCUUUCUACGGGCAUAUUCAGAACAAGCAUGAUAUCUCAUACAAGGAUUACAAGGAGAAGUAUGGACGAUGUGAGACCGAGUCCAAACCUUUUGAAUGCAACAUCUGCUCUAAGGUGAUCAAGUACGACAGGAACACGAUCCAUACCCAUCUCAAGAACGUGCACGGGAUCAACUGGACAAAGUAUCUGGAGAGAAUCAGAAAAACUAGGAGAGGUGUAUCUCCGGACCCUCUUCCAACCCUGAAGACUGUUGAGUGCAGGGUUUGCAACAUCAACGUCAAAUAUCUCAGGGAUCACCUGCGCAACGCUCACAAGAUAACUGAGCAGGAGUACGAAGAAUUGUUCACAGAUGGCUCUGAUUACAAAACGGGGAAGGUUCAGAUAAAAGAAGAAAUUGAAGAGAGUUUUGAAAAUGGUCAGGAGUCAGGAUCUCUUGAAUUGGAUUUAAAAGUUCUUCGCCCUUCAAAAUUAGAAAUACAAAACAAAGGAAACAGGAACUGUAGUGUAUGUGAGUUUGAGUUUGACUCCAGAAAGGAGUUUAUUGAGCACUGUCAAGUGAUCCAUGGAAUGAAGUUUAAAACUAAAACUGGAGUUAGUAUUCCUCCUCCCACUCAAGCAACCAUCAAGAGAAGAGUUGAUGAGAUCGAACAAGAUUUUCAGCCGGAGAAGAAAUUUAGAACUUUCGAGACCAGCGACGGAUACGAGAUCGAGAUUGAAGGUGUUCCAUGUCAUCAGGAGGUCUCUCAAGACUUUAUGGGAGAAACGUCGUCUUCAACUUCACAGUUUACAUCUUCCCUUCUCUCCAAGUGGAACCUCUGCCAGUUCCAAUGUGCCAUUUGCAGCAAAACCUCCAACAGUAAGAAGGGAUUAAUGGGCCACAUAAUGACCCAUCAUGGUCUGGGAUCAAGAGCCUAUAAAGAAUCCUACCCGGAUAUUGAGAUUAACUCGGAGUGGUUCAACUGUAGGGUGUGUGGAAACAGUGUUAAGUUUAUGAAGGAUACGAUUGUGUCUCAUAUUAAAACUCACGGGUUGAACCUGGAGAAGUACGAAAGGGAGUAUAUGGAGGAGGAGGAUUGGCCCUACCAUCCCAACCAUCAGAGUAGACCUGGAACCACGCUCAGGCGGGAGAGUUUAAGUUCUGUAGAAAACAUUUCUGAGCAGUCAGGACGGAAAAGUGAGAACUCUGAGAACUCCGAUGAGAAUAUGUCAGAUCAGCCUAACUCCAAACCCGGAGAUAUCUGGAACAGGUGCGAAUUCCAAUGUAAACUGUGCAGUAGUAUUUAUAUAGACCGGAGAACUAUCCGGGCACAUAUCCAGAACCAACACAAGAUACAUUACAAGGAUUAUAUUUCGGACUAUGGGGAACCAGAACUACCAACACCUAAGUGGAUCUGUAAGAUCUGUGGAGCUGAAACUCGACACGCGAGGAACAAUAUCUAUACACAUCUCCGGGAGUGCCAUAGUCUCACCAUAGAUCAGUACGCAAUAGAGAACGGUAUACCUGGAGCUAAGGUUAAGGUUAAAUCUAUCACGUGGUCAGGAACUGCAAGGACGGCCAAGACGGAAAGAUGGAAUAAAUGUAUCUUUAAAUGUCCAUUAUGUGAGAAGGAGUCUACAGAGAAGAAGAAUAUUCGUCAGCAUGUCCAGGUGGAGCAUGAUGCUGUUCUUGAAGAUCUUGAGCAGCAACAUGGAGACUGUGAAUUACACACAGAGUAUUUCUUCUGUCAAAUUUGCAGCGCCGAGGUGAAACAUUGUUAUAAAAACAUACAGAUGCAUCUUCAGAGAAGUCACGAGCUAAAUAUUGCUGCCUAUGAGAGUAAAUUUCUCGGUAAAACUAUCUCUAAGAAGAUGGGUCGGGGUCGGAUUGCUAAAAAUGAUGGCAGCACAGUUCCGUGUGAGAAAUGCGGGAAGAAGUUCUCAUCAAAUAGUAAUAAACAGCGGCAUAAGAGGGAUUAUUGCGCUUUUGCUGUAGGAGCUGAAGAAGAUGCGCAAGAGGAGUUGGGUUUGAACAGGUGUCCUGUAUCUGGGUGUGGAAUGAAGUUUGAAAGAUCUCUUCAGAUGAAAAAACACCUUGGAGAAGUUCAUAAGAUCAAUCAAAAUGUAUCGGUGAAGCUAAGGGAGGCUGACCGUCAAGCUGCAGAGAUCAAACAGGAGCCGGAGCAGGUUACACCAUCCUUUCUCCAGGAGGACUCAGAGGAGGAGAAAGAUAUUAUACCAGACUCUACUACUGGAGAAGAAACCGACCAGAGUCCGAUGGAGGACACGGAGGAGAAAUCUGAGAAGAUGGAGAUCUCGGAGAACCUUGAGAAAGGGAAGCAUGUCGAGAUGAAGAUUAGGGAAGAGAAUAUGCUAGAUAUUGGAUUGGGUUCAAGAUUUAGAUUGACAGGGGUGAUUGUCAACGAAACAAGAGAGGAAGAAGAAACCAAUUAAAACUCUACUUAAAAACUUUAAAAAAGAUAAAAUGAGUCAACUUAAACCAAAAAUGAAAGUGAUAUCAAAUGCAAUGUAUGUAUACAUGUUUCUUAACUAAAUUUUGUCUUUCUUUUUCUAGUCAUGAAAACAUUAUUGUUAUUUUUGAAGAUUUAGAAGAAGCAUUUUCCAUAUGAUCUCAUAAAAUUCUUUUGUUGUGCAAGUUUUAUGUAAUUUUCUUGUGAAUAAUUGUACAGAACAGGUUUAGAUUCAGAUAUCCGUCUGUUAAAGAAAACCACUUUUUUUUAAAUUCCAUCAAUUUUUGUUUCAUUUUGUUCGCCUCCAUGUAAACUGCAGAUUCAUAAUUUGCAAGAUAACAAAAAGCUCGAAAAUUUAGAAAUGAUGUCGAUUGUAAAUUUACAAUAUUUGUCAACUGAAAUGUACUAUGCCACAUCACUUCGGAUACAAUUAUAAUUUUGAGUAUA